GAAACGGUUGGAGGCUUUCCUCACACAAAAGGCCAAAGUGGGAGAGCUGAAAGAUGACGAUUUUGAGAGGAUUUCAGAGCUCGGAGCCGGCAAUGGCGGGGUGGUCACCAAAGUACAACACAAACCCUCAGGGCUAAUCAUGGCAUGGAAGCUGAUUCACUUGGAGAUCAAACCUGCCAUCCGGAACCAGAUCAUCCUUGAACUGCAAGUGCUUCAUGAGUGCAAUUCAUCGUACAUUGUGGGUUUCUAUGGUGCCUUCUACAGUGAUGGGGAGAUCAGCAUCUGUAUGGAGCAUAUGGAUGGAGACUCCCUAGAUCAAGUACUGAAGGAAGCCAAGAGAAUUCCUGAGGAAAUCUUGGGGAAGGUCAGCAUCGCGGUUCUGCGAGGGUUGGCCUACUUGCGAGAGAAGCACCAGAUCAUGCACAGAGAUGUGAAGCCUUCUAAUAUAUUGGUGAAUUCCCGAGGAGAGAUUAAACUUUGUGAUUUUGGGGUCAGCAGUCAGCUCAUUGACUCCAUGGCAAAUUCCUUUGUGGGCACUCGGUCCUAUAUGUCUCCCGAGUGCCUACAAGGCACUCACUACUCUGUUCAGUCUGAUAUUUGGAGCAUGGGCCUUUCUUUGGUGGAGCUGUCAAUCGGAAGGUACCCCAUCCCCCCACCAGAUGCCAAGGAGCUGGAGGUGAUCUUUGGCCACCCCAUGGUCAAUGGGGCAGAAGGGGAACCCCACAGCAUCUCGCCACGGCCCAGGCCCCCAGGCCGGCCUGUUAGCGGCCAUGGGAUGGAUAGCCACCCCGCGAUGGCCAUCUUUGAAUUGCUGGACUACAUUGUUAAUGAGCCACCUCCAAAGCUGCCGACUGGGGUUUUCACUCAAACUUCCAUGAGUUUGUAAAUA